AUGCCCCCGAAGCUACCCCACCUGACGCUCUUCACCUCGGGACCGCAGUGCACGCUGUGCACGGUCGCCAAAGACGUCCUGGCCGAAGCGCAGUCGCAGUCCCCCUUCCAUCUGCGUGUGUACGACAUCCGCAAGACCGCGUCCGACACGCUCGACCAACAGAUCGAACGCACGGCGUGGAGGAGGUUGUACCAGUACGACGUACCCGUUUUGCAUCUGACCGCCCACGACGGUGGCUUUGACGAUUUGGCCGGCAGGACAGGGGGUGGAAGGUUGUUCAAAGGCGGGCGAGUGAUGAAGCAUCGCAUCGACCACGACAAGCUGGUCGAAUUGGUCAAGAAAUGGACCCAACAAUUGAACGCAAAAGAGGCGAGUGACUCGGCUCUCUGACGAGAAGAGAUUUCUUCCUUUCUUCCGACUGACCCCCCACACCGCACAGGGUUGAAAAGAGCUCGCAGCUGCUCAGCAUCCCCACCCGAGACGACCAAACAGCAUCGAGCCUCACCCGAACCUUCACCCGAAUCCGAACGCUUCCCCUUCUCCGAACUGCCCUUUGUCGUCUGGUCGGCGCCGUCCCCGACCGAACCCGUCGAGUUCCCGACGACGACGAUCUCGUACGACUAUUCGUCCUUUGACGAGCUGACGACCUUGCCCGUACUCGGCGUCGAGGCAUCCCCCUCGAACGAAUCAGAGGGAUCCCAGCAUCGUAAGCCUAUCGAGGACGUCCGACGGUGCUUCAACUGCCUCGGUACCCACCUCCUCCACGACUGUCCCUUCCGCAUCGACCGCUCCGUCAUCGCCCACAACCGUCGCGAGUUCCAAGCCGAGUAUCCGAUCCAUGCCGGUCCAGGUUUGACCCUCGGUUCCUCCACGUCGAACAAGGCUCGAGAAGAAGAUGUAGCGCGACGACUGGGUUUUUUGGAGAGAUUACGACCCGGUGUCGUAGGGCCGGAAUUGGAGGGUGCGUUAGGGAUUACAGGGUCGCAAGGGGAAUGGCCUUGGUUCGACAAGUUCAGAGAAUGGGGGUACCCUUCUGGGUGGACGCGCACCGUAAGGCAAGAUCAAGGGGGGAUGGUCGAUGCAGAGACAGGUCGGUUUGCUUUGUCUUCUUUCAGUGCGACGGCCCUUUUGAAAGCCGAUACUGAGUAUGAGCUCUGCGCACAGGUCUGCAAGAACUGCUUCACGUCGUGCGGCAGAGGAUCCAAGGGCGAGAUUUUUUGGAUUGGGAAGAGGUCGAAGCGCUCCGAGUAUAUGACGAAGGAGCAUCGUCUUCUCCACCGCUGGAUGCGCAAUCAUCGUCAAAACCAUCACCUCCCAGCGAGCCUCCUCCCCCCUUACCCACCUCCACUCCACCCCCUCUACCACCGAACGCCCCUCCACCUCUCCCCCCGGGUCCUCCUCCACCUCUACCCCCACCCACAAUCGAGUUGCCUAUCUACCGAACGAUUAAACUCGUUCAUUACCCUUCACGACAAACGGAUAUCUCGAACCUCGAGAUCCAUAGACCAGACCUCUACCUGGCUCAUCCCACGCCUUGGACUUCCGUACCGACACCUUGCGUACAAGUGGGCAAAGCGACGAUGCCUUGUCAACCACCUUCGGAGGCUGUGGUGGAAGAAGAGGAAGAGCUGAGUGAACGCUCGAUGGAGAUGGAAAGCGAGAGUGAAUGA